UUCUGUUAUAACACGCAUCAAAUAAUUUAGUACAUUACAUUUUCAUAGUUACCAAAAGUUAUUGUUUUAUCAAUAACGAAUAUCCGACUUAGUAGUAAUAUUAAAAGAUAAAUCAUUGUUAGUAUUUAACAUUAUUCAGUCGGUAAUAUUUUUUUUUUAUGGACGGACUUAUAAAUAAUGAUUUUGAGGAUAAUGGAAUUGAUAUUUUGGCUGAUGAGUUGGAAAAACUUCAAAGACAAUUUAUGCUCAUGGAGAGCAAUAAAAAAGCCUAUACAGAGGAAAUGGGCAUUUACCUAGCUAAACAAAGAAAGAUGAUAUUUACAUUAGAACAAGAAAAAAUGAAUCUAUUACAAGAAGUAAAUAUAAUCACAAACAAACGAAAAAAAUCGGACACUUCAUACUUAAAAGAAUGUUUAAUUAAUAAAUGGAAUGAUUUUGUAUGUGCAAACGAUGAACUUAAUGAACAGAAAAAAUAUGAUUACGAAAUCGAUAAAGAAAUAUGUAAAAUUCAAAACGAACUUGAUAAUAAAUUAAAACAACAAAGAGAACCUUCAGCUAAUCGAUUGAAAACAAAAACUGGAAAAAAUAUUAAUAAGCAUGAAGAGUUGUUAGAAAAUAAAAUACACGUAAAAACCGUUAAGUUCAAUAAUGUUUUGACUGAAAAUGCUCAUCUUCGAAAAGAAAUUGAUCAUUUACUUGUGCAGCGAUCUCAAUUCAAUGAAACUUACAAACGUUUAGUGACUCAAUUAGACGAAAAUAAAAGAAUUAUAAUGGAAUUAAUUGAGCAAGCAACAAUAGCCUAUGAACAAAGGGAAGAUGCACAAAAUAAAUUGAAAGAUAUGAGUAAUGAAGAUAAACAACAAAUAGCCAUACACAGGUCGGAAGUUAAAGAAUUACAAAGACAAUACGAUCGAGAUUUGAAACUACAAGAUUUUUUGUUAGUUAAAGGUCAACGUCGUAUGUUAAUGGAUUACGACGAAAAGGAAAAAGAAAAAAAACAAUCUGAGCAAAGUUACCAGAAAGAUAAUUCGGAGAAAUGGUCUGAUUUAAUAGGAUGGUUACAACUUUAUUUAGGAGAGCAAAAUGUAGAUCGAAUUGUUGAUUUAUUUAUUCGUCAAGAAGAGGAAAAUUUUGCGUUAUUUACUUAUAUUAAUGAGUUGAAUAGUGAAGUAGAUGAUUUACAAAAAGAUACCAAAACUCUUACAUCUCGAGUAGAAGAGCAAAAAAAGGUUAAUGAAGCGAGAGCAGUAAAACAAGCUGAAAAUAUGAAUACACUUAGAAUGGAAUUAACAAAAUUAAAAGAAAAUUUUAUUGAAGAAGAUAUUAAAAUUAAAUUGGUGCAUUCUGAACUAGACAAAUUAUUGAGUUCUACAGAGAAAUUAUUUAUGUCAAUUAAUUGUGACGAUUCGCCAAUAUUUAAAGUUUUUGGUGGAGACAUUCAUGCAAAUAUGUACAAUAUGUCAUUCUAUGUUAAUCUGAUUGAGUCAAGUAUUUUAAAUUUAACAAAGAAACAUGAAUAAUUUUGUAUUAUCGUUUACCACAAUAGUAUAAUUGUGGGGACUACUACUACUACCAAGAGUCUAGAUCCCUCAAUAUCCUAUAUUUAUAUACCAUACAUAAUAAAUAGCAUAAGGCCUUAUUUUAUUUUGAAUAUUUUUGUAUGUAAAAUAUAAGUUAUUUUAAAGAUUUAUCCAAAAAAUUAAAAAAUCUAUUAAUAGUUUAUUAAACACAUUUUAAUUAUUCUUUCACUUAUUUUUUACUGUGUAAAGCAA